GGGCGGCCGCUCGGGCAGGAUGGCGGCGGCGGCAGCCGCGGGUCCCGGCGCGGGCGCGGGGGUCCCGGGCGCGGGGGGUGGCGGCGGGGCGCGCGAGGGCGCGCGGGUGGCGGCGCUGUGUCUGCUGUGGUACGCGCUGAGCGCGGGCGGCAACGUGGUCAACAAGGUGAUCCUGAGCGCCUUCCCAUUCCCGGUCACCGUGUCGCUGUGCCACAUCCUGGCGCUGUGCGCUGGGCUCCCGCCGCUGCUGCGCGCCUGGCGCGUGCCACCCGCGCCGCCCGUGUCGGGCCCCGGCCCCGGCCCCGGCCCGCACCCGACGUCCGGCCCGCUGCUGCCGCCGCGCUUCUACCCGCGCUACGUGCUGCCGCUCGCCUUCGGCAAGUACUUCGCGUCGGUGUCGGCGCACGUCAGCAUCUGGAAGGUGCCAGUGUCCUACGCGCACACCGUCAAGGCCACCAUGCCCAUCUGGGUGGUCCUCCUGUCUCGGAUCAUCAUGAAGGAAAAACAGAGCACCAAGGUAUACCUGUCACUGGUCCCUAUCAUCAGUGGAGUCCUGCUGGCCACUGUUACAGAGCUGUCUUUCGACGUGUGGGGGCUGGUCAGUGCCCUGGCAGCCACGCUCUGCUUCUCCCUUCAGAACAUCUUCUCCAAAAAGGUGUUGAGGGACUCCAGGAUCCACCACCUGCGGCUGCUCAACAUCCUGGGCUGUCACGCCGUGUUCUUCAUGAUCCCCACAUGGGUUCUCGUGGACCUCUCCACCUUCCUGGUCAGCAGCGACCUGGCCUAUGUGUCUCAGUGGCCCUGGACUCUGCUGCUCUUGGCAGUUAGUGGAUUCUGCAACUUUGCACAGAAUGUCAUCGCCUUUAGUAUCCUCAACCUCAUCAGCCCACUCAGCUACUCAGUGGCCAACGCCACCAAGAGGAUCAUGGUCAUCACUGUGUCCCUCAUCAUGCUACGCAAUCCAGUGACCAGCACCAAUGUGCUAGGCAUGAUGACUGCCAUCCUGGGGGUCUUUCUGUACAACAAGACCAAGUAUGACGCGAACCAGCAGGCUCGGCGCCACCUCCUCCCUGUCUCUACGUCAGACCUGAGCAGCAGAGAGCAUCUGCGGAGCCCGAUGGAGAAGCCCCACAAUGGUGCACUGUUUCCUCAGCAGGGCGACUUCCAGUAUCGCAACAUUCUCCUCACAGACCAUUUUCAGUACGGCCGCCAGAGCCACCCGAACUCUUACGCCCUCAGCCGCCAUGACGUGUAGGCGUCAUCAGGCCAAGCUUCCUACACCACCUCUGUAAGCCCAGCAGCCUGGCUGAGCACGUAGCAGGCCAGCAGGGGAGCCCUAGAGCCUGAUGGGCUGUGGGACAUGACCACAACAUGGAUGGCCACAGGCUCUGAUCCUGGUUCACUCUUCUGCUCAGAGGCCAUGCUCUGCUUUGGUGCACAGAGGUGCCCCCAGUACAUGGCAGAGGUCUGAUCUGAACUUCUGGUGACAACAGAGACACACUCUGCAGAACUGGCAUUGCUGUGCCGGCAGUCCUGGAAGCUAGCAGGAGGUGGCAUCUGGGGCUUCAAGGAGAGGACAGCAGGGCUGUAGUCCAGAGGUAUGGAGAGCUGACACAGGUGCCAUUACGUGUCCUCAGCAGCAGUGCUCCAGGAUGCUCCACAGCAGUAAGCCACUUGCACUUUAGUGCUGACUUGGGUGCCUACAGUGACCAUCGGUUCAUUAGUGAUUGGUGUGACCUUCCUCUGCCUUGUGAGUGUCAGAGCAGGACACAGCCCUCCACUCCUGGUCUGAGUGGCCCUUGGACUCCUGAAGGGGUGGCCAGUGUUAACCUUGGUUGCACCCGUACCCUUCUGAUGUUACAGAAGGCAGGAUGAUGGUAAUGGCAAUUUCCCCAGAACCUCAAGUUUCCCUGGAGAAGCUUUGGAGCCUAGGUCCCGGCAGGCACUGCACCAGGGCUAGCCAGUGGGUGGAAACCAUCUUGAUUCAUUUCAAAAUAUGGGCUGUUUGUUACUGGAGCAGUCCCUUGGAGCUCAGUGGUAGCGAGGUGAUGCUGAAACAUCUUGAAGCUGCAGCCAGAGUAGCAGAAGAUGAAAUCUACACUCCAGAUAUAGUGUCGCUUGUCAGUGAGGAGAUGGCGUGAGGGUCAGGAUCUGAACUGUGUCCAGCGGAUGGGACAGCCGGCCGGUCUUAAGUUUUUAGUUAAGAGUCAGUUGAGGCUGGGAUGGUAAAGUGCCUCCUCCGCGUGCAUGUGUCAGUGGCUUCCGUCUCCAGCAUCACAGAAAGCAACAUAGUGGUGCGGGCCUACCUUUCCAGCACUCGGAAGCAAGGUCAGGGUCCUCGCCUACAUAGUGAGUUCCAGACCAGCCUGGACCACAUGAGAGCCUAUCUCAAGAAAAAGAUCGGUUUUAGGGACUGGCCUGCUGGAAUACAUCCAGGGGUUGAGCCAGGAGGAUGGACAUGAGUUUGAAGCCAAUCCGGGCUACAUAAUGAGACUGUCUCAAAAGCAAAACGUUUGGGGACUCAUCCUGGUGACCUAUUCCUAUGGUCCUAGCUGCUCAGGAAGUCAGGGCAGGAGGGUCUCCCAACCCUGUGAAUUCAAGGCCAGUGUGGCAAUGCAAGGAGAACCUUUUGGUUCACAGAAAUGUGGGUUCUGGUGUGGGCACAGCAGGCCAAUAGUGGUACCCAAGGAUUGUGACAUGUUUUCUUUGGCAAUCAAGGCACCAGUUUUGGGUUUUUUUGUUUGUUUUUGAGACAGGGUCUCAUAGAUCAUGCUGACCUCGAACUCAUAGAGAUCUCUCUGUCCCUGCCUCUUGAGUGCUGGAAUUAAAAGCAUGUGCCACCACACUCACCUGGAGACGUCCCCACUAAGGCUCCCGGACUGAUCUUCAACUCUUGGCUUUCUUCUUAGUGUCCUUCGUGCCUCUGUCUCCAUCUCUAAGCACUUAGCUGACAAGUGUGUCAUGGUGCCCCAGUCCUUAACUCCUGGUUUGUUGGGUACUUGUGCUCUUGAAUAAUUAGAGGGUUUUUUUUUUUUUUUUUUUUUUUUUGGUUUUGGUUUUGGUUUUUUGAGACAGGGUUUCUUUGUAGCUUUGGAGCCUGUCCUUGAACUCACAGAGACCCGCCUGUCUCUGCCUCCAGAGUGCUGGGAUUAAAGAAGCUCUCCACCACCGCCCCGUCCAGAUUAAUUGGGGUUUUAUAUCCGAGGUUAGUUCAUUCACAAUGCCAUCCUCAGGGCAGUCCUAUCUGCCUUGCUUGCUGGAUUGCAGAAGUUCAGAGCCCAUCAGCACAGUGGGAAGGGCACCUUGAUAAGGUGGUCUGGUGGGUUUCCUCCCUGGGGAAGACACUGAGACACUGGCACUACAGAAGUCUCUGGGUGUCCCUGACGCUGUGCUGAACUCAGAAUGAAUUAUGUCUUUUUGGAUUUCCAUGAUGUUUCUGUGAUAUGUGUAUUAAUGCAUUUUCCUUUUCCAGUGUGAGGUUUGCCAAGGAGGGAAAGGCCAUCUCACUUUUCUUACAGUUUAUAAAUUAAUAAAUGGGAUAUUUAAUUCUGUUCAUAGGCUCUCAGUGCGUAUGAACACUAGAAUGGAUGUGAUAAUCAGGUAGACCAGGUGGCUGCGGCUCAGUGGAUGCGGUACUCAAACCUGUGCAUGAAGCCCUGGACUCCAUCCUCAGCAUCACAUAAACUGAUGGUGGUGCAUACCUGUUACCCCACACUCAGGAGGCUGAGGCAGUUAAGAGCAGGAGUUCAUGGUCAUCUCUGGUAACAUAGCCCAUGGUUUACCUUGACCCACUCAGUGUCACAUUAGCCCCCUAGUCUUGCUCGCCCAUCGUGUUCACCUCUCUUCUGGGAUUCAUGUUAGAGAAAUUUUGUUGCUCUUUCCAUAUACCCUUUAAAUGGCCAAAACACUUAUCCUGGCCCACCCGACUCCUUCAUUUUGCAGAAGGGGAAACAGGCUUAGAAUGGUUUCGAAUGUCUGUUCACUAUAGAAUACUCAGUAGGGCUUCUUGUAGUUGUUUAUUUCUGUGAGAUGGUGGCUGCCUGUGUGGCUCAGGCUGACCACAGGAUAGAGGGCAGUCCUCCAUCCUCAGUCUCGGUGCUGAGGUGACGCAGGACUGCCACACCCUGCACCUUAUUUUACACCGUUUAUUCUAGGGAAAGAGAUGAGCUGAAUCUAUUGAGGCAGGGAAGUACUUGAGGCUCGAUUUCCCUGUGUGUUGGAAGGACUCCGGGCUCCCAAACCUCUGGGUCUGAAAUGCAAAACUGUCAUGUUCUUGUUUUCCGUUGUCGUCAUCCUGAGGCUCCAGUGUCAUAGACUGUUCUGUGGAUUGCUAUUCACCAAAAAUAAACGAUGGUCUCCAGGGG